AUGAUACAGGCUUCAAGUUCGAAUUUCAUUCAGGUACAACAGGUGGUGCUCGUGAUCGGUAAUUCCGUAUCAAUCGAUAAUAUCGAUAAUCGCCGGUUGACUGAAAAACACCGUCAAGACGAUGGAGAAGAAAUUACAGAGGAUAAGAAAUUGGACGAAGAAGGAAUUGUCGACGAAACGGACUCUGAGGAGGAAGUUCACAUUAAAGUGAUUAUUUAUAAAUUAAGUGGCCAAGAACAAAUAUCAUCGAAACAGCUAUCACCAUUAUCGCCUCAGUCGGAGUUCGAAGAUGUCAUUGACGAUCACGAAUCUGACUUGUCUCUUUCAGAUGCACCACUUAAAUGUCCAGCCACAUUUACGGAUGAAGAAGUGAAAACAACAGGAACCGCGAUUCCGAUAAUGUCAACGGAAAGGAUAAAAUCAAGUGUCCAAGAGCAAAUAUCAUCACCACUAUCGUCACAUCCAGAAUUCAAAGAUCUCGUAUCUAAUAACAACUGUGAAUCGGACUCAUUUUCAGAUAAUGAACCUGUUAACUUCCCCAUUAUCAACGAUGUCACGGAACUGCAAUUAGGACCUUUACCCCAAAAAGAGUCCAGGUGGAUAUUAAAUUACAUUGAUGUUUCUGAAACAUGGCAUCUAUUUAAAGAAAAAUCACUAGGACUAGCAAAUUAUAUGUCCUUAUCACACAUUCUUUUGUUGAAGCCUAAGCAACACUGUCCAUUAAUAUUGGAGGUUUUUGGAGGAGAUUUAUUGGAGAGCAUGCACAAGGACGUAAUAAAGAGAUUCACCAAACAUGAAUCGGAAUUUGAUAAAGAAACCUUGAUAAGACUUACUCGCAUUGUCAAGCGCCUGCUACGAGAGGAGAUCACUAGAGACAAAGCAUUUUCAGAACUGCAAAUUCUUGCAGUCGGUCGCUCUUAUGGUGAACGCGUAAUUCUGAAGGCAAUAAGAAACAUUAUCGAAAGAGUACCGAGAACCACAUUAAAAAGCUCCGUUGGGGAAGUGGAGCUAUGUACCACCUACGUUGAUCCAAUUCUCUGUACAUUGUUCAUGGAUCCAGAUCGCGGAGAUUUUCUGCGAUGGCCAAAUAAACAGGCAUAUGAGCCAGAAAGCAAAAAGGCAGGGCAAUUAUACGAUGCUUUGUAUGUUAUGGUGGAAGUUGGACACGUUAAUGUGCCCAUGUCGCUUGAACAGGUUCCUGCCUUCCUCGCCAGCCUCAUCAUAUCUAAUGCGUUUUGGGAUAAUUGUAUUGCGUCAAUCGAAAAUAAAGAACCAAGCAGGCGAAGUACUCUUGAUUCACCAAGUUUUAAAGAAAUUAUAGAUCAUUUAUAA